GGCGCUGGAUACUCCUCGGUUUACGGCAGUCAGGCCGGCUUCGUGCGACAGUUUUGCGGCCGAGCGGCGGGAGGAACGGAGUCAGGAUGGCGUCGGGGAGCGGGACAAAAAACAUGGACUUCCGCAAGAAGUGGGACAAGGAUGAGUACGAGAAAUUGGCGCAGAAGCGGUUGCAAGAAGAAAGAGAGAAGCGAGAUGCAAAGCCUCCAGUACCAAUCAAACGUGAGCUUCUACGUCACAGAGAUUAUAAAGUGGAUUUGGAAUCAAAAUUGGGAAAAACCAUAGUCAUCACAAAGACAACACCCCAGUCUGAAAUGGGAGGAUAUUACUGCAAUGUUUGUGACUGUGUAGUGAAGGAUUCCAUCAAUUUCCUGGAUCACAUCAAUGGCAAAAAACACCAACGGAAUCUGGGGAUGUCAAUGAAGGUGGAACGCUCGACAUUGGACCAAGUAAAGAAACGUUUCGAGAUCAAUAAAAAGAAAAUUGAGGAAAAGCAAAAGGAGUACGAUUUUGAGGAGCGCAUGAAGGAACUCCGGGAGGAGGAAGAGAAAGCCAAGGCGUACCGGAAAGAGAAACUGAAGGAGAAGAAGCGGAAAGCAGAGGAGGAGCUGACAUUCGAGGAGGACGAUGAGAUGGCGGCAGUGAUGGGAUUUUCUGGCUUUGGUUCAUCAAAGAAGAGCAGCUGACCGACAUCACCAGACUGAACAGGACAUCCUUUUAUUGACUCUUCUUUUUCCCCUUGCCCCUUUUUAUUUCUCCCCCCAAAUCUGCACCCCAACUGAGUGGGAUUAUGCACAGCGUGAAUGAAGAUGUGUUUAUUAAUAAAGGAUUAUUCUGUUAAAAGUUAUAAGUACCCCUUCCUCCAAGACCUUUUCACGGAGAAGUUUCAGAUGCAUUCAGAAGGUUCUGUGAACAGGUAAUCCACAGGCAAAGAAUGGCCCCUAUUCGGUUCCUGAUUUGUACUGAUUUGGAUGAUCACAGUCUGGACAAUGUUUCGGGUGCUGCAAUUGGGCUCAGCACUACUUGGGUUAGGAAGGGGGAAAUCAGGCAGGGUUCCCACUGAUUAUUUCAUAGUGAUCCUGGCAGAAAGUAUGCAAGUCUGCGCAGCCUCAUGUGCCUGAAGGUAUGCUGCCACAUGAGAAAUGGCCACUUGCUGAAGGGCUCCUGACCUUCACGGUGCAAUACCCUGACACGGAAAUCAGCAACUCUUGAAGGGUGGGACAUUACAAAUGAUUUGUUUUUAUUAAAUUCCCUCCAUUUUUGAUCCAGUUGAAUGAUAUAAAUCCUUUAUUAAACACCUUAAGGUUGAUCAGCUGAUGAUCUGAAGCAAUUCAAGCGCUCAAAUAAUUCGGGUAAUAGAAAGUCGCAGUCUGUUUCUAUGAGGUGGAGGUUCAAACAUCGAGCUACAAGAACGAAGUUGUAAAGCUCUUUUUAACUGCAAGAGGUUUUCUAAGCCUCUUGAACUCAUUGUGAUCUGUUGUUUUCUGGCAUUUGCAACCUUUGUUAAUUUUGAACAUGCUAGCAUUUCCAUCUCUUCUAAAAUUGACAGGCUCCUCCUUGUAACUCGAUGGGUAUAUGUCUGCGAGCACCCGCCCGUAGGGUAGUGACUUGACCAGCAAAUAGCGGAUUUGAAAGCCUGCCCAUUAAGUUAGCCAAUCUCAAUUGGAGUCAACUGACUCCCAGAAUUCUGGGUUGCAUGCAGAUUGAAAGAAAUCAAAAUGGAUUCCCAAUCCUCCUCAACUUGCGGACAUCUGUGCUCUGAAAUGAAUCUGAUAAUGCUCAUUUCCCUAUAUUGCUUUUUUUCUUGUAUGUAUCCAAUUGCCUUUUGAAAAGUACUAUUGAAUCUGCUUUCACUAUCCUACUGGGCAGUGCAUUCCAGAUUAUGCAAUUUGCUGUGUUUUUUAAAAAAAAACUUCUUACUCCUCUGUUCUUUUGUCCGUUAUUUUAGACUUGCGUGACCUAUAACCCAGGUACAGCUUGGGAAUGUUCUUGAGAAUGAUCUUCAAACGAAUCAUUGAUUGGGACGAUGGUUCACUGUAAAAGUAGUAUAAGGUGUGCAGGGGGUAAAUGUUUAUUUCCUUGUUACUGGAUCGUGGAGGGAACUUGAAGAUUUCUAAAAACUGUAUGCUGUACAGUGUCCAAAUCAUUUGAGAACUGAUGCGUUGUCCUGAGGUUAUUCAGCCUACCAAGCUAAUUUAUGUAUUAACUUGAUCAGAAAAUGAAAAUAGUGAAUGAUUUGUAUCUGAAGAACAGUUAAAAUGCAGUGAGAUGUUCCUAUUUUGGAUUUGCUUGGUGUGUUGUGUGUGCUGUGCUCUGAAGUUUCUACUUGUGCUUUAGUUUUUCUCUUCUGGUCGAUACUUCCAAUGCAAAAGCUUUUUUUUUCUUACUGUGUAUGAUCUCCAUUAAAAGAGCUUGGUGUCUGUGACCCAUUUUUUAAAUUAAA